AUGGGCGCACAGAAGAAAAGCGGCGCUAGGGUUUCCGAGGACCCCGAUGAACUGGUGCGUGUUCCUUUGCAAGCCAUUCUCUUGGCCGAUAGUUUCACCACCAAGUUCAGACCUAUCACGCUCGAACGCCCCAAAGUGCUGCUUCCACUUGUGAAUGUUCCGAUGAUAAAUUACACGCUUACUUGGCUCGAAUCCGCCGGCGUUGAAGAGGUUUUCGUAUUCUGCUGUUCUCACUCCAAGCAGGUCAUUAACUACCUCGAGAAAUCUGAGUGGCUAUCUCAACCGAAUUUCACGGUGACGACUAUAGAGUCGCAGAACUCUGUCAGCGCCGGAGAUGCGCUCCGCGUAAUCUACGAGCGCAAUGUGGUAUGA